AUGUUCCACCCCGCCGAGCGCGCCCAGGACUGGGCCAUGGACGGCCCCCGGGACGGGCCCAAGAAGGAGCGGCCGCUGGAGGACCGCCACGACAGCGGCCUGGACUCCAUGAAGGACGAGGAGUACGAGCAGAUGGUGCGGGAGCUGCGCGAGAUCCGCCUGGAGCCGCAGGAGGCGCCGCGCAGCGCCGAGCCCUGGAGGCAGCAGCGCACGGAGGACGGAGACUCGUUCCUGCACUUGGCCAUCAUCCACGAGGAGAAGGCGCUGACGAUGGAAGUGGUCCGCCAGGUGAAGGGAGACCUGGCCUUCCUGAACUUCCAGAACAACCUGCAGCAGACUCCGCUCCACUUGGCGGUGAUCACCAACCAGCCAGAAAUCGCCCAGGCGCUUCUGGAAGCUGGCUGUGAUCCUGAGCUGCGAGACUUUCGAGGAAAUACCCCCCUGCACCUUGCCUGUGAGCAGGGCAGCCUGGCCAGCGUGGGAGUCCUGACUCAGAGCUGCGGGACCCAGCACCUCCACGCCAUCCUGCAGGCCACCAACUACAACGGCCACACGUGUCUGCACUUGGCCUCCAUCCAUGGCUACCUGGGCAUCGUGGAGCGCCUGGUGUCCUUGGGUGCCGAUGUCAACGCCCAGGAGCCCUGCAACGGCCGAACUGCCCUUCAUCUCGCGGUGGACCUGCAGAAUCCCGACCUGGUGUCCCUCCUGCUGAAGUGCGGGGCUGACGUCAACAGGGUCACCUACCAGGGCUACUCCCCGUACCAGCUCACCUGGGGCCGCCCCAGCACCCGGAUCCAGCAGCAGCUGGGCCAGCUGACCCCGGAAAACCUCCAGAGGCUGCCGGAGAGUGAGGACGAGGAGAGCUACGACACAGAGUCCGAGUUCACGGAGGACGAGCUGCCCUACGAUGACUGCGUGCUUGGAGGCCAGCGCCUGACGUUAUGA